UUUGAUCCAGCAAUGCAGCGUUUUAUGGCCAUGAAAGCUACACAGUAUGAUCACUUUAAACCGACACCACGUACUUCACUUCUUGGGUUCACCAUGAUUGUUGUUCCUUUUGUAGGUUAUGCCUGGUUGCUGAAGAAAGAUAAAGAGAAGUUUGAACACAAGUGUCGCACUGGGCAAUUGUCAUACGCAGACAGAGAAUUCAAGUUCGUGUAAGAAGUGAAGAUGAAAGCAAUAUCUCUAGUUCGAUAUUUUGGUAAUCCACUUGUUAUUGUGACCUUUAUGAUUUUUGAAAUGAGCCUUUUAAACUGUACAGUGUAUUUAUUAUAAAUUAAAGAAUUUCAUGUAUUUGGGAUUGCCUUUCAAAGAUGAACCUGUAUGAGAAAAGUCUACAACCACAUGUGUAUAUACAGAAUAGCAUUGCAGGAUUGUGAGUAAAAGGUAAUAAAUAUUGUAAUAUUAAA